UGGAACAACCUGCCUCCAGAAGUUGUGAGUUCUCCAUCACUGGAGGUUUUCAAGAAGAGACUGGACAGCCAUUUAUCCAGAAUUGUACAGGGUUUCCUGCCUUGAAGUCCUCCAAGGUCCCUUUCCUACUCUUGUGAUUCUGAACAGAACGUGAAGUAGAUGGUUCUAGUUUUCAUCCUGGAGAAACAUCCCAUAUUCAGCAGAGAAGAUGCAGCACCUGACUUUCAGAGGAAACGUCUCAGCUUCGUGUGGCCCAAGAUCUAGGAAAGUCUUGGCCAUCAACCCUGUCUUGAGAAUAAAAGAAUGAAUGAAGGCCUUCUCCAAGGCUGAAUGCUGGUGUGGAAACUGAACAACAUGAGUCAGCCUUAAGAUUCGGAGGAGUCUGUUUGUAACAUUCACUUUGGAAUUGCAAAAAAAACACCUAGGAUAGACAAUAAAACACAACGUGGGCCCUCCAGCUGCAGCCUAUGCCCAUGUGAAAUUGAGCAGGCCUGGGGAAUCCCAUGGAGCUCUGUAGCCAGUGAAAUGGUUGCCCGUUGUGUCUGAGACUUCAUCAAACUUGCCCUUGUUCUGUUUGUAGCUUUUAAUGGCUUGGUUAUAAUUGUUCUUUUGUUUUUGCAAUUUAAUUGUGCGAGCCUCCCAGAGCCAGGCGUGUGAAAUGGGUGGUUAUAGAAAUGCAACAGAUAAAGCAAAUAAAUGCAGCUCUUUUAGUGGGCUGGGAAAUUUUUUUGUUGCAUUUACUUUUGUGUCGAGCCACACAAAUGUAAGGACAGGAGCUCAGCCCCACCCUCAGUUUCCAGGGACUAUAAAUUGCCACUACAAGUUUGCUAGAUAUCCAGAAAAGUCUGUCUUCCAACGGAGAAGGUAUUGGUGGUGGAAUCUCUUCCCUUCCCGACCAUCUGGAGAAGAUAACCUUGGAGGGAAUUAAUACGUUCUGCAAUGGUGCUAGGACGGAAAUUGCCAGGUUUCCUUCCUUCGUUGCUCAUCCUGCUCUUCAUUGUGAAUAUUUUGUUUGUGAUGCACGUGCAACGUGAAGUGCGGACCCUAAGAAGGGAACCUGGUGGACAUCGAGACGAACGAGCUUUGGAUUCGGCAAGAGAGAAUGACUUUGUUGGACACCUAGAAAAAAUAGAGACAAUGUUCCUCAAUCUAUCAAAGUAUAUAAAACAAUCAGAUGAAAAAAAGAAGGCAGCGGAUGAACUGAAACUGCCCGAGAAGCCACACCGGGAAAUACAGGAAGACGAACAGGGCAAGGAAAACCGGAGGGAGCCUGAAGCGCCUCCCAGGGUGCGCUUCCCAGAUUCCCCUCUGUUCCAGAGAUGGGGCAAAGAUUUAAUGGAGGACCAGCAAAUUGUGGCCCAGCAGCUCUUUGAUAAGUACGGGUACAACGUUUACCUGAGCGAUCGCUUGCCUCUGGAAAGGCCUUUGAAAGAGACCAGACACCCCAGAUGUCGCAAGAAGAAAUAUUCGUCUGAUCUCCCAACUCUUAGUGUAAUUCUUAUAUUCUUUAAUGAGGCCACCUCCAUCCUCUUGCGUGCAAUCACCAGCAUAAUUAACCGAACACCGUCUCACCUCCUGAAGGAAAUCAUCCUUAUUGAUGAUUGCAGUUCAAACGAGGAACUUAAAGGCCCUUUGGAGGAGCAUGUCAAAAAAUUCAAUGCCCAACAUCCAGGACUGCUGAAAAUUGUGAGACAUCAAGAAAGGAUGGGGCUCACGGAAGCUCGGAUUUCUGGCUGGAAAGCAUCUCGUGCGGAUGUGGUGGCUAUCCUGGAUGCGCAUAUUGAAGUCAACACGGAAUGGGCUGAACCAAUUCUCUCGCGCAUCAAGGAGGACCACACCGUUAUCAUAUCGCCGGUGUUUGACAACAUCCGUUUUGAUGAUUUCCAACUUACUCAAUACGCAGAGGCUGCCGAUGGGUUUGACUGGGCUCUUUGGUGUCUCUACGAGUCCAUACCAGAAGACUGGUAUGCCCUCAAAGACCCAACUGCACCAAUCCGGAGUCCUUCUAUCAUGGGAAUACUUGCCGCGAACAGAGAAUUUUUGGGGAAGAUCGGUGUUCUGGAUGGCGGAAUGCACAUUUACGGCGGAGAAAAUGUGGAAUUAGGCAUCAGGGCUUGGCAAUGCAGUGGGAGAGUUGAAGUCUUGCCGUGUUCAAGGAUUGCACACCUGGAGCGAGCCCACAAGCCCUAUUUGCUGGAUUUGGCCCUUGCUGUGAAGAGAAAUGCAUUACGUGUCGCAGAAGUGUGGAUGGACGAAUAUAAAUACAUGGUCUACUACGCCUGGAACGUACCUCUUGAGAAUUCCGGCAUAGAUUACGGAGAUAUUUCUUCUCGAAAAGAACUCAGGAAACGACUGAACUGCAAAAGCUUUGAUUGGUAUAUCAAAAAUGUCUACCCUAACUUGGUCCCUCAAGUUAACAUUGUAGGCUAUGGACCAAUGAAAAACCCGCUAAGUGAGGAAAACUGCAUAGAUCAAGGGCCGGUUCCUGGGAACACUCCCAUAUUGUACAUCUGCCAUGGAUACAGCCCUCAGCACAUGUUCUAUCACAGCACUGGAGAAUUCUUUGUGGGAGGUAUACGAUCCCGGCGCAACACGGUUGACAGAUGCUUGACAGACCCUGGAGAAGGAAAGCUGCCAGUCAUUGAACAAUGUAAUGAAGCGAAGAAAAAAGGCCUGAACAUGCUCUGGGAUUUCACGCAAGGAUCAUCUGUAAUCAACAGGAAAACGAAAAGGUGUCUUGAACUUGCGAAGGAUCACGGUUCUCCCUACUAUGCUCCAGUGAUGCAAAAUUGCACAGGACCUUCCUUGACACACUUGUUCCUUCGGAAGAGGAAAGAGACUUCCAACGCACCGAAACGCACGACGUCCCUAAGUUAUUAUCUUAACUUUCUCUUCCGUAAACGAAAGACUCUUUCGGACCAUUGUCACGAAUGCUCCAUCCCAUUAAUAUAACAGUUAAACUUCCCACUGGAAUAAUAAGCUAACCAACAUUUAAUGUUGCAUUUCGGAAUACCAGCCAAGAUCUAAGGAUUUCACUGCUUCCCUCAUACCGAGUUCACUGUGGAGUUGUUGUUUUUUGGUCCUAAAAUUAAGGUUGCGCAUCAGAUGUAAACUAAGGGUUAAUUUGAGGUAGGUUUGGGGGUAUUUUUGCAUUUCACUUGAGAUGGGGUGGACAGGUUGAGUGGGCUCAAUUCAAAUCCUUCUUUGACCAUCCAUUGCUUUAGUCAGGAAGCUGCCAAACGCCAGGGGAAUCAAGAAACUGAGGCAGUUCAAAUGCGUAUAAGGAUUUAUCGAAGCUCUCUCUACAAGAAUCUGAGCUACUAACAGCCAAAGGGAAAUUAGCGGUAGAUAAGAAGCCACAGAAUUCACGGUGGUCUGGACUGAGAUCCCUUGUGGGUACAAAAGGACUCAAGACUGAUGACACGUUUUACCCCCCUCCCUCGGGCUCAGCCUGGUCAUCUCCUACAACAGCCUUGCAUUGACUUCAGUUCCCACAAGGCUGUAUCCAAAUCAGGGUUAUACACAUGAAUAAAUUUAUCACAAUUAGUCAGUCCAAGUCAUCAUAAUUUAGAAAAAGUCCUGGGUCCUUGGAAGACGAAGCCUCAGUUUUUACCUUCCAUUUCAUUGUUGCCUUUAAUAUGAAACUGUGCUUCACAUUCGAUUGUUAACAAAUAAUAAAGAUGGUUUGUAUUUUGUGAA